UCCCAGACUCACACACGGGAGCGCUCGUGCAGUUCGGACUACCAAGCUCUCAUUGGGACUGCAAGAAGGAAAAGCUGACCUGCUGAAAUGAGUUUCCUCGGUGGUCUGUUUGGUCCUGUGUGUGACAUUGAUGUUGUACUCAACGAUGCAGAGAGCAGAAAAACAGCCGAACUGAAGACAGAAGAUGGGAAAGUGGAGAAACAUUACUUAUUUUAUGAUGGAGAGUCAGUUUCCGGAAAGGUAAACCUCAGUGUAAAACAAACUGGCAAGCGGCUUGAACAUCAGGGAAUUCGGAUAGAGUUUGUCGGCCAGAUUGAACUGUUCAGUGAUAAAAGCAACACACACGAGUUUGUGAACCUGGUGAAGGAGCUUGCUCUUCCAGGGGAGCUGACCCAGAAUCGCAGCUAUGACUUUGAGUUCAUGCAAGUGGAGAAGCCAUACGAGUCCUAUGUUGGAGCUAACGUGCGACUGAGGUAUUUCCUCAAAGUAACCAUAGUGAGGAGGCUUUCUGAUUUGGUCAAGGAGUAUGACCUCAUUGUUCAUCAGCUUGCCACCUACCCAGAUGUGAACAAUUCCAUUAAGAUGGAAGUGGGCAUUGAGGACUGCCUCCACAUAGAGUUUGAGUACAACAAGUCCAAAUACCACCUGAAAGAUGUAAUUGUGGGUAAAAUAUACUUUCUACUGGUUCGAAUCAAAAUCCAACACAUGGAGCUUCAGCUAAUCAAGAAAGAAAUGACAGGAAUUGGGCCGAGCACAACUACAGAGACGGAAACUGUGGCAAAGUAUGAGAUUAUGGAUGGAGCACCAGUGAAAGGGGAGUCCAUUCCCAUACGGCUCUUCCUGGCCGGCUAUGACCUCACAGCGACAAUGAGGGAUGUAAACAAGAAGUUCUCUGUGAGGUAUUUCCUAAAUUUGGUGCUGGUGGAUGAAGAGGACAGAAGAUAUUUCAAACAGCAGGAGAUUGUUUUGUGGCGAAAAGCUCCUGAGAAGCUCCGAAAACGCAACUUCCAUCAGCGUUACGAGUCCCCGGAGUCACGACCGAGCCUCUCUGCCGAACAGCCUGAAAUGUGAGCAAGCAGCCAGCCAUGGACACGUUUCCGCAGUGGCCAGUCACAGGAGAGGAGUGCAAAUCCCACCAAACAUGUCCACCUCCACUCCUCACAGCUAAGCGGUGAUCGGCCGUGUCUGUGCCUGCCUUCGCUGUGUCCAAUCCGCCGUCCACAGCAACCAGUUUGUUCACAUUUAAGGACUUCUUCCACACUAUAGAAAGCACUGGAACAGAAGCUAUGAUGUAAAAUCCUGUAGUACAUUUCGGGGCUUGCACUCUUCACUAGAAGAAGUUUGUUUUUUUUAAAAGCACUUGCUUGUUUUUGAAGCUGCAGAUAAAUCAAUGCCAUCCAAGAUAUAAAGGUAUAUAUUGUACUUGACUUCACUUUAGAGAGGAUAUCACUGCAUGCUGGCUGGUUGAAAUGAAUCUUUGGUUAUUAGGUGAAUGUUGGCUGUGGGGUCAUUGUUCAAAAGUCAAGAAAUGAAAUGUGUUCUGCGUGUACCCGGGCUACAGUGCCAUACCAGAUUUUUCAAACACUCUAAUAUGUAAAAAAUAAUAACUUAUUUAGCAUCUAAUCUUUAAGCCUUUAUUGCAAUAGAUAAAGUCUCCCUAUUGUAAGUACUUUUUGGGAAAAAGAAAUAUAGAUAGAUAUAGAAGUGUAUAGCAUUAAAAUAUUCAAUUUUUUUUUUUUUGCAAGAGGCUUUGGAUUUAAAACUUCAAAUCAAAAUGAUGAGUUUCUUUUAGGAUGGAAUUGUGUGCAGUUUAUGAAACGUACAGCCCAUGGGGUGUAAAUGGUUAUGUUCAGAGUUGGCCACAUAGGUCACACUUAAAUAUUCUUUUUCUUGUUGAUAUCACUCAAUCCCAUAGCAGAUCUACAUGCAGGCUGCGCUGCUUUUCAUUUUAGAGUAUUAACUGUUUCCUUUUUUUUCCAAAUACCACAUGCAGCCGUUUCAUCCAUCUGUUUAUAUGUACAAGUAACCAUAAGCUUAUGAUGAAAUGAGUCAUGUUGUUGUAUGACCUGUUCGAGGUUCUGCUAUAACAGCGUUCAUCAAAUUUUCAUUCUGUUGCUAACGUGCCGGUUUUCUCAAAGACGGUGAGAGAAUACAUUCCUUUGGAUGUUGAUUUACCAGCAUACAAGCCGUUAGGGUUAUGAUAAUGAACAAUAUUGACGUUUAUAACUUACAGUACUAUAGGAAUGGCAUUUCCCAUCUGCAAUGGCUGCUGCAGUAAUGCAUUACAAAUAUUAGAAAUGAAGUGAAGCAGAUGAAAAAAUCAGUUGUUAGUGGACCUUGGGGGGGAAAAAAUGUACAUAUCCAGCCUCAAUAUGUUUAUCUGUCAAAUAAAAAAGCAAGUUUAUACUGGUAAACAAA